AUGGCAAAAGGAAAGAAAAAGGGACAAAAGAAGGACGAGCCGACUACAAGUUCAGGAGGGCUAGGUUAUGAAUCAACAUCUCAAGAACCUACUACAUCUGGGGUUUCACCUCCAGAAACUUCUAAAGCGGCUGAACCGCAGCAAGUUAAGGAGUUCGUGGAUGAGGAAGGGGAUGGUUUGAGUCUAGAUUUCGGGUCCAGGAAAAAGAAACCACGCAAAAAGAAAGGUCCCGCCGCGCCCGUUGAGGCUGCGUCAUCACAACCACCACCUCCACAGGCACAGUCACAACCGCAACGACAAGCAGAACCCCUUUCACCUGACUCUCUAGAUCUCAGCAAGAUGUCUGUAGGAUCCGGUAGGGGCCAGCGCGAUCGCACUUGGAAUCAGCCACCUGCGCCAGGCCAGUUAGCUGGCUACGGGAGGGGACGGCAGACUCAAGGGGUACCGCAGCAGGGUCCUGUGAGCCAGCCGCCAGUGUCGGCCCUGCCGGGCUUGGGACAGCAAGGCCAUGCGAGCCAGUUCGCUGGCUACGGGAGAGAAAGGCAGACUCAGGACAUACGGGCGGGCAGCUCAACGUGGGCCAGGGAUGGCGCGUCCCACGAGACUGUGCCGCAGCAGGGACCUGUGAGCCAACCGCCAGUUUUCAUCCCGCCGGGCUUGGGACAGCCGGACCACGCGAGCCAGUUCGCUGGCUACGGGAUGGGACGGCAGACUCAGGACGUACGGGCGGGCGGCUCAACGUGGGCCAGGGAUGGCGCGUCCCGCGAUACUGUGCCGCAGCAGGGACCUGUGAGCCAACCGCCAGUUUUCACACCGCCGGGCUUGGGACAGCCGGACCACGCGAGCCAGUUCGCUGGCUACAGGAUGGGACGGCAGACUCAGGACGUACGGGCGGGCGGCUCAACGUGGGCCAGGGAUGGCGCGUCCCGCGAGACUGUGCCGCAGCAGGGACCUGUGAGCCAACCGCCAGUUUCGGCCCCGGCGAGCUUUGGACAGCCGGGCCACGCGAGCCAGUUAACUGGCUACGGGAGGGGAAGGCAGACUCAGGAAGUACGGGCGGGCGGGUACGGACGCGGCCGUGGAUCCUCUGCACAGCCCCCCCCAGCGGAGCCGCGUAGGCCCCCGGAUAGCCAGGCCCCAAAAGCGCUUUCAGCCAUCCAGUACAGAAUACCGGAGGCCAUCCGUAGAAUAUCCGUUCCCGCUAGAACAAUCCAAGUUUUGACGAACUAUUUGCCGAUGAGCAUAAAAUUCAUGAAAAUCCAUCGUUACGACGUUUCUAUCAAACCGGACAGACCGAAGAAGAUGAUACCGCAGGCUUUCAACUUGGCCAAGGCUCAGAAAUUCGCAAAUUACACAAUAGCUUUCGACCAAAUGAAGAACUGUUAUUGUAUCCAACAGUUGCCAGGUGUAAACCAAAGCGAUCGGUACGCCGUAGACGUGGAGAUAACAGAUAACAACGGAAAAAUUUUAAAGUUUGAGGUGUCGUUCAAAUACACCGGUGCUGUUGACUUAUCUAGGAUACAACAAUUCAUGGCAACGGGUGGUAGCUCAUUGGCCCCUCCAACAGAUGCGAUACAAUGUAUUGACGUAAUAUUGAGGCAGGGUACCUUAGAGUCUUACGUGAAGGCGGGAAGGCAAUUCUUCAAGCGUCCAGCGCAAACGAUCGAUUUGGGCGAUGGCUUGGAGAUGUGGACGGGGCUGUUCCAGUCGGCCAUAUUUACCUCCAUGUCAUUCAUCAACAUCGACGUUGCCCACAAAGGGUUCCCGAAGAAGCAGAGCAUGAUCGACGCGCUGGUCAAUGACUUCCGUUUGGACCCCCAUCGCUCGUUCGAACAGCAGCGCCAGCAAAUGUGGGCGAUUGAGAAGUUCAACGAGUUCAUAAAAGGAUUAAGGGUUUUAGCUGUAAUCGGCGCGGACACGUCGACGAAGGGCCACAAGCGCGAAUUCAUUUGCAACGGCGUAGUGGACCCCCCCCACAAGCUGAAGUUCCCCAUGACGGGUCCGGACGGCCGCCAGACCACCAUGACCGUUGCCGAUUACUUCAAGAAGGAGAAGAAUUACACACUCAAAUUCCCUAACCUCAACUGCAUGUGGGUGGGACCGAGGAAUAAAAACAUCUAUUUCCCAAUGGAGCUACUGGAAGUUGUUUAUGGACAGGCUCUAAGGAAACAGCUCAAUGAAACACAACUUUCUAAGAUGGUACGCGAAGCGGCCACUCCGCCAAACAUUCGGAAAAAGAAGAUCGAAGACGUCAUCAAAGACAUGAACUACUCCAGGAAUCCGUUCUUCAAGCAUUUCGGCCUCGAAAUAUCCGAGAAGUUCUUGCAAGUGGAGGCGAAAGUGCUACAGCCGCCGAAGAUUUUGGUUGGCGGUGGGAGGUCCAUUGAACCGAGGAGGGGAGUCUGGCAGUCUAAUACCGUUUUGCAACCCGAGGCCCUCAACAGUUGGGGAUUCAUUGCCAUAGAAUCCGACCCAAGACAGUGCAACUUCAACGGCAUGAUAGAAAUGAUAAUGCGCGUCGGCAACCAAAUGGGCAUGAGGGUCUCCCCGCCCAGCUGCACCCAUUUCAACACGCGCAUAAACGAACUAAUGAACGUCCUGUUCACGGCGCUGGAGCGAGACAUAAAGUUCCUCUUCAUCAUCGUCUCCAGAAGGGGCCGAGACUACUAUCACAGGGUGAAACGCUUCGCCGAGCUCGAAGUUGGUAUAUUGACGCAGUGCGUUAAGGAAGAGACAGCAGCGCGCCGUAUGAACGACCAAACCGUUCGCAAUAUCCUUUUAAAGGUGAAUUCGAAAUUGAUGGGUAUAAACCAAGCACUGGACGGGCGCUCGAUGCCGAGUUGCCUCAAAGGCCCAGUUAUGGUUGUGGGGGCGGACGUUACGCAUCCAUCACCAGAUCAGACAAGCAUUCCAAGUAUUGCCGCCGUGACAGCGUCGAUCGAUCAAAAGUGUUUCCUUUACAACAUCGAACUCUGCGUCCAGACGCCGAAGAAAGAGAUAAUCGUGGAAUUUGAGGACAUGAUGGUGGAGCAUUUGCAAGUAUAUAGAAAGCAUCAGCACACGUUACCCAAGAAGAUAUACGUAUUCAGAGAUGGUGUCUCCGAAGGGCAGUUUGAAGAGGUGAUGAAUAGCGAAUUGACGGCCGUGUAUAGAGCUUACCAAAGGAUGACCGGUACUUCGGAGAAACCCGAAGUGCUUUUCUUACUAGUGCAAAAGAGACAUCACACCAGAUUCUUCUCUGGCGCCGAUAAUCCCCAGAACGUUGAGCCCGGUACAGUGGUCGACAAGCAGAUCGUUCACGCUCGAGAACUGGACUUCUAUUUGGUGUCGCACCAGGCGAUCAAGGGCACCGCGCGGCCGACGCGCUACCACGCGGUGUGCAACGACGGGGGCAUCCCCCUCGACGAAGUGGAGCAGCUCACCUACUACUUGUGCCACCUGUACUCGCGCUGCAUGCGCGCCGUCUCCUACCCGACGCCCACAUACUACGCGCACCUCGCGUGCCUGCGCGCCAAGUCGCUCACUUACGGUGACACAUUCAAUAACCAGGAGUUGGAGAUAAGACCUAAGCGGCUGCACGUCCUGAAGAAGAUGUUAGAUUUCAGCCGAAUGUUUUUCGUC